CUCCCACACUGCGAGGAGGACACAAGGAGAUGCAGGAGACCAUCUGGGUGAACUUCUUCCACUCUUCGCCUCCUCUUGAUGACAGUCUGUGCGCCUUUGGACCUGCCACUUAACAAUUCCGGCCCCCUCGUCUCCCUCCAAAAAAAAAAGUGGAGAUGAACACCACGGGGUUCAACCACACGGACGGGACCUUGUUCAACCGGACGGAGGGGAUGCUGUGCUGCAACCUGUCGUCGGUGGUGACGGACGAAGGCUUGGUGGCAGCAUCACCGGAUGAGAGGAGUCUCUUCAUCAUGAGGGUGGUCCAGAUCGCCGUCAUGUGCGUGCUGUCCCUCACGGUGGUCUUCGGCAUCUUCUUCUUGGGAUGCAACCUCCUCAUCAAGUCUGAGGGCAUGAUCAACUUCUUGGUGACGGACAGGAGACCCUCCAAAGAGGCCGAGGCUGUGAUUGUUGGAGCCUACUGAGCUGCUGUGGAUGACACCAGGGGGUCUUUUCUUCUUCUUCUUCUUCUUCUUCUUCUUUAAAAUGCCAACAGGGUCUGUUGGUUUCUACAGUAUUGAUUGACAGUUGUGACGUCACUAGUUUGUGUUGUCAUCAUUUGAUAUGUUGGUGGCAAAGCAGUCAUGUAAAUAUGUGCUGUGUGUGUUUUUUGCAUACACUCUUCACACCUGGCCAGUAAGAAGCCAACAUGCUUUGCACAAUUGGAGUUAAUUGACCUUGUGAUUAAAGAUUCCCCUCCUAA